GUUCAGAGUACGGCUUCUUAAAUCAGUUACCAUUUUACUCUUUAACGUCUUUAAAGUCUUCGUUUUAUCACCGUUUGUUCCCUUCCUGUGACGGCUAUGAACUGCCUAAAGCCAGAAAGUCGAAGCGCGUCACCUCAGUGCCCCAAACCCAACGAGUCCGAGGAGCCGCUGGGCACGGCCAUGGAAACGGGAGCCGAUGUAGGUGUGAAAUCUGAGGACGUGGCGUCUGACGUGGUCAUUACGAAGGAAAUGGAAGAAGAAGAGAAGCAGCUGAUGGAGGAAGGAGAGAGGAAGGAAAAGGAGAUGAUGGAGAAGGCGCGGGAAUCUUUGGAGCGGGAUUCCCAUGAGAUGCGUUUCAAGAGGCUGCAACAUUUGCUCCAGAAGAGCAACAUCUACUCCAAAUUCCUCCUGACGAAAAUGGAGCAACAACAGAAUGAGGAGAAACUCCGCAAUAAGAAACUUGAAAAGAAGGUCAAAAAGAAGCAGAGCACAGUCAGUGCAGCGCCUCUUAAAGAUAAAGUGAAGAGGAAAAGGGACGAGGAUUUCAAAAUAGCAGAUGUCAUGUCUAAAGAGGAAAUCAUAUCGCAGGCAAAGAAAGCAAAAGUGGAGGAGGUUCCAGCCCAGAAGAAGCUAGAAGCUGAGGACAUAGAGAGGAUGAUUGACUCCAACCAGGACAUAAAGAAUCGUUUGUCAGAGACAGUCCGAGACAACGCCAAGCACCUCCUGCAUCUGCACAGGAAGGUGAACGGCCAACCUGUGCCAGCUCAGCAGCCACAGCUCUUUACUGGUGGCAUCAUGAGGUGGUACCAGAUAGAAGGCAUUGAGUGGUUACGGAUGCUGUGGGAGAACGGCAUCAAUGGCAUCCUGGCUGACGAAAUGGGACUGGGAAAGACCAUUCAGUGCAUCGCCCACAUCGCCAUGAUGAUAGAGAAGAAGGUGAUGGGCCCCUUCCUGGUGGUGGCCCCACUCUCCACUCUGCCCAACUGGAUCAGCGAGUUCAAGCGUUUCACACCAGACGUGUCUGUGCUGCUUUACCACGGGCCCCAACCAGAAAGGGCCAAACUACUGAAACAGAUCCGCAGGCUUCACAGUCCCCUCAGCAUGUGUCCUGUGGUCAUCACCUCCUUUGAGAUCGCCAUGAUUGAUAGGAAAGUCCUACAGCGUUUCCAGUGGAAGUACCUGAUUGUGGAUGAGGGUCACAGGAUAAAGAACCUGAACUGCCGGCUGGUGCGGGAGCUGAAGACGCUGCCCACUGACAACAAGCUGCUGCUGACGGGCACGCCCCUGCAGAACAACCUGGCUGAGCUCUGGUCUCUCCUCAACUUCCUCCUGCCAGAGGUCUUUGACGACCUGAAGAGCUUUGAGUCCUGGUUUGACAUCAACACCCUCUGUGAGGCAGAGAGCGUGGUGGCCAGCGAGCGAGAGAACAACAUCUUGAGCAUGUUGCACCAGAUUCUGACUCCGUUCCUGUUGAGAAGACUGAAGUCCGAUGUGGCAUUGGAGGUUCCUCCUAAGAAGGAGGUGAUUGUUUAUGCUCCUCUUACUGCCAAACAAGAGGCAUUUUACACGGCCAUAGUCAACAGGACCAUCGCCAAGGUGCUGGGUCAGGACAAGGUGGAGGCUCCAGUGGUGCCAACAAAUGGCAGGCCAAAGCGGCGCAGUCGACGUGUGGUAGACUACACUGAAAGAGAUGGAGACACACCUUAUGACCUGGAGAAGUACUUGGAGAAAGUCCAGAAAGAGCAAGAACAGAGCUGCUCUCCAGUGAUGGAGGUCCAGAGUCCACUGGACGCUCAGAUCAACCUGAAGCUACAGAACAUUCUCAUGCUGCUGAAGAGGUGCUGUAACCACCCCUACCUUAUUGAAUACCCCCUCGAACCCGCAACACAGGAAUUCAAGAUUGAUGAACAGCUUGUGCAGACCUCUGGGAAGUUCCUCAUCCUGGACAGACUGCUGCCUGCGCUGAAGGCCAGAGGACAUAAGGUUCUGAUCUUCAGUCAGAUGACGUCCAUCUUGGACAUUUUGAUGGAUUACUGUUAUUUACGUGGGUUCCAGUACAGUCGAUUAGACGGCAGCAUGUCCUACACUGACAGGGAUAAAAAUAUCAGGAAGUUCUCCACAGAUCCAGAAGUUUUCCUCUUCCUUUUGAGCACCAGAGCCGGAGGACUUGGGAUCAACUUGACAGCUGCUGACACGGUCAUAAUAUUUGACAGUGAUUGGAAUCCCCAGGCGGACCUGCAGGCUCAGGACCGCUGUCACCGCAUCGGGCAAACCAAACCAGUGGUGGUGUACCGCCUGAUCACAGCCAAUACAAUCGAUCAGAAGAUCUUGGACAGAGCCUCAGCCAAGAGGAAGCUGGAGCAGAUGGUCAUCCACAAAAAUAAGUUCAAAGGGGGGAGGGCGGAGCUGAGCCAGAUGAGGAGCUGCGUGGACAUCGAGGAGCUGAGGGAGCUGCUGGCAGCCAGAGGCACCGAGAAGGAGGUCAAAGGGUCCAGAGGGAAGGUGAUCAGUGACCGGGACCUGGACGCUCUGCUGGAUCGCAGCGACUUACUAGGCGGGGAGGCGGGGCUCUCCCAGAAGGAGAAGUUGGGAGUCUUCAGGGUGAUUGAUGCUGAAGAAUCAUCGGAUAUCGUGUUGACCUGAGAA